UGUCCUUUACGCCCGACCCUUGCUCGCUGAUCGCUCUUGCCCCUCGCCUGCCCAGCGCCACCAUCAUCUCUCUCCCUCUCUCUCGAAUUCCGAUUUCUCUUGCUACUAUGGCCUCCACAGAGCCAGAGCACGAGCACCGCGAAGAUGAGGAAGCCCCCGCCGGCGAAGACGAGGACACCGGAGCUCAAGUCGCUCCCAUCGUCAGGCUUGAAGAGGUCUCCGUCACCACCGGCGAAGAAGACGAAGACGCUAUCCUUGAUUCAAAAGCGAAGCUUUAUCGAUUCGACAAGGAAGGGAAUCAGUGGAAAGAGAGAGGUGCUGGCUCUGUUAAGUUUUUGAAGCACAAGGAAUCUGGGAAGGUCCGGCUGGUCAUGAGACAGUCCAAGACCCUCAAGAUCUGUGCCAAUCAUCUUAUUCUCCCGACUAUGUCGGUCCAGGAACAUGCCGGGAACGACAAGUCCUGCGUUUGGCAUGCAAGGGACUUCGCCGAUGGAGAGCUGAAGGAUGAGCUUUUCUGUAUCAGAUUUGCAUCCGUUGAAAAUUGCAAAAACUUCAUGGAGAUGUUCCAGGAGGUUGCUGAAUCUCAACAGAAGAAAGAGGAAAAUGAAGAUGCAAAAACGACUGCAGGGCUCCUUGAUAAGCUGACUGUUGAGGAAAAGAAAACAGAAGAUAAAUCAGGUGAAGAUGUGCCAGCAUCAAAGGAAGUAAGCAAAACGGUGACUGAACCUGCCUCGGCAGACGGGGAGAAGAAAAGUGAGCCUGCUCCCUCGGCUUAAAUGGGGAUACUGCUUUUGCACCAGGAUCUACCGGGCACAAUGAGGAGUGGCUUUCUGAUGCUCUUUUCUGCCUGUCUCUAGGAAUUUGUCUGGGUUGGUCCUCUAGUUUCUGGUCGUCAAAUGAUUUGUUGGUCCGGACAAAUAGAGUCGAGGCUGGGAGUUGCCGGCAGUUUAUGGUCUUGGGUUUGUUGAGGCUUUUCACUUUUCCUUUCACCUUCGCAACACUUGGAAAUUGAUUAUUAGUUGGUGGAAGUUGCAGUAAGAGCCAGAGACAGUAUCACCAACAUAAUUGAGUGGGGUCAUACUUGCAUAUGUUAUGCUGGAUUUUUCUGUACCGUGUGAAGAAUCGCUCUGUUCUGCAGAUAGAUUCCUUUUCUAGACAUGCAAUGGGGUAACGUUAUCUUUUGUUUAGUUA